GAAUUUCUUUGCCUCACUGAAUACGUUCCUGGAACGAGAGAUUGGCUUUGACAUUCGUGGAUGAGUUGACAAGAUUUUCUGGGACACCACAGGCAGUCUUCCGGGUACCUCAGUGGUGGUGACAUGAUGAAGGUGGCAGUGAUUGGGGCCGGAAGUGGUGGGCUAUGUGCAGCAAAGCACAGCCUCGAAGCGGGUCUUGAGGUAACUGUGUACGAACAAACGGAUCAAAUUGGUGGGACAUGGGUGUACCGCGAUGAUGUGGGCAAAGAUAAGCACGGACUUGACAUCCAUUCAUCCAUGUAUCGUGGCCUCAUGACCAACCUUCCCAGGGAAAUUAUGGGCUUUCCGGAUUUUCCCAUCGUAGGCGAUGAAACUUCAUUCCUCCCAGCUGAGAGAAUUCUCAAAUUUCAUCACGAAUACGCUGAUCAUUUUAACCUGAGGAAGCACAUAAAAUUCCAACACAAUGUCGUUCGUGUGCAUCCCCAUGGGGAAUCACAGUGGGAGGUGCUUGUAAGGGAUCUAGUCGAAGAUAAGUACACAACGACAAUUUUCGAUGCAAUCUUCAUUUGCAAUGGUCACUACAGUACCCCAUCGUAUCCCAACUACCCAGGCAGAAAGCUCUUUCGUGGCCGACAAAUUCACAGCCAUGACUACCGUUCUAAGGAGAUUUUUGCCGGAGAACGUGUCCUUGUAAUUGGUGCCGGUCCCAGUGGGAUGGACUUCACGAAGGACGCAGCAAAGGUUGCGGAAUACGUUGUGCAGUGCCAUCACUGGCAGGAACCACCAAAUGUUCCCUUUCCGGCGCAUGUUGUGCAAAAAUGCGCUGAUGUGGUGCGCUUAACGGAAGACGGGGCUGUCUUUAGUGAUGGUACAAGUGAGAAGUUCACCAUCAUUGCAUACUGUACAGGAUACAAAUUCACCUUUCCCUUCAUCUCGGUUGACUGUGGCGUAUCCGUGGAGUCAAAUUACUUGUCACCCCUCUAUCAGCACUGCCUCAAUAUAAAUCGCCCAACAAUGGCCUUCAUUGGGAUCUGUAAUUUUGUCAUUGCGCAACAAAUGAUGGAUCUUCAGGUGCGCUUUGCUCUGAAGUUUAUUACAGGUGCAAAGGAACUCCCGCCGAAGGAGGAGAUGUUUGCAAGUGAAAAGUACGAGAUCACGCGACGCCUAAAGAAGGGAAUAAGUUUGCGAAAGGCUCACUUCAUGGGAGCAGAUCAAGGGAAGUAUUUUGAGGAUCUCGCCCGAAUUGCCGACAUCAAACCCCUUCCGCCAGUCCUUGCGGUGCUUCAUACCGAAAUUUGCGCUCUCAUUCGCAGCGAUAUCCUCAACUUCCGUAAAACCAACUACAGAAUCGUUGAUGAUCAUACUUUCGAGAAACUCAACUGAUCGCAUGAAGAUCACAUAAAUAUCAAGUUAAAAUGAAAGACGUUUUUUCAUGAUCUACAAACAUUUAUACAGGUUUUUCAUUCCUUUUGUUUUUUUUUUUUAGAACUUAUAUAGAGACUUUUCAUCUCAGAGCAACAAUAAAUUUGUUUUUUUCUUUAUUUCCUUCUAAAUCUACUUUUUUAAAUUCACACAAAAAUAUAUUUUUAUUAGAUUUUUCUUCAAUUCUUCUUUCAGUAAACUUUUAAUCUGUUAA